AUGGCGAUCUGUACUUAUAACGCACGUACGCUUGCAUCGGAAGCGGCCAUCGAAGAUCUGAUGAUGCAAGCCAAGAAGAUCAAGUACGACGUCAUCGGACUGACCGAGACGAGACGACGUCACCCUCUCAACGCCGUAUAUGAAACUGGAGAAGAACUGUUCUUAGGAACAUGCGACAGUAGAGGUGUUGGUGGAGUUAGCGUCCUCGUCAACACGAGUAUGGCAAUGAACAUCGGCUCUUUUGAACAACUUACGACCCGAAUCGGACGUCUGCGGAUGAGAAGAUGUGGCCCAAUACCAGCUUUGACUAUCUUCGUCGUUUACGCUCCAACAUCAAGCUACGAAGAAGAAGAAGUCGAAGCUUUCUAUAUGGACCUGGAGAAGUUCUACCAAGAAGAUCAUGCCUUCUACAAGGUCAUAGUUGGCGAUUUCAACGCUAAGGUUGGCCCAAGAAGAACGCCGGAGGAACUUCACAUCGGGACCCACGGCCUACAAUGGAAUGACCAUGGAGAGAGGCUCUCCGAGUUCAUCAUGACGACUAAAACCAUCCAUGGGAACUCGCAAUUUCAGAAGCCCUCUUCUUUACGCUGGACGUGGGAGUCACCCGGUGGAGGGUACCGUAAUGAAAUAGACCACAUCAUCGUCAAUAAAAGGUUCUGCCUGACGGACGUCGGUGUUGUACCAAAGUUCUAUACGGGAUCGGACCAUCGCCUCCUCCGAGGAAGAUUUUCCUUCACAAGGAGAGCAGAGAAAGCCGCCAAGUUCAGAGAGAGAAAUCCCAGGACUACCAUCAACUGGGAUCUCUUCGCUACGCUAGCCGGCUUUUGGGAAGAUCCUGUAAUGGACAACAUCGACGAGGAAUAUGACCGGCUUGUCGAACACCUUCACGACUGCGCGAAGAAGGCUGAGAGUUUUAAAACCACCAAGAGGCGCCUGUCUCUUGAAACUCUUGAGCUGAUACGCCAGCGUGGAGCAGCACGAGCCGCAGGGAACCAAGAACUCACGUCCGAGCUCGCAAGGCUUUGCCGAGAGGCGAUAAAGGAAGACCUUAAAGAGAGAAGAGCAGAAGUGCUGGCUGAAGCUGCAGAGGCGGGGAAAAGCAUCCGCUAUGCCCGUCGAGACUUCGCCAGUCGCCAGACGAGGAUGACUGCUCUCCGGAAUCCAAAGGGAACAGCCAUUGCAUCGAGAAGGGGGAUGGAGAAAAUCAUCUACGACUUCUACUCUGAUCUCUUCGACAGCCAUGUUCACUUGCGUCCUCAUCAUCUGAGGAAGACAGACUAA